AUGGAACAAGAAGGCCUUGGUAGAGAAAUUGAAAUUUAUAAUGAACCGGCUGAUAGGGAAACAGAACGGCUUCUUCCACCCACACCACCAGCAGCGCCGUACGAAAAGUUCCGGGUUGGAAGGGAGCCACAACUGUUAAAGAGGUGGAUUAUGCCUGCGCUGUUUGCUUUAAAAAUUUCUUUUUGGUCGCUCGGUAUGAGGGGAUAUCGAGUAUGGAAAUACAUCACCUACACUUUGCUUUUCAUGGUUUGUGCUUACUAUAUAUUUUUCAAGGCAUACUGUGAUCCAUUACAAUCGUGCCCUUUACGCAAAAUGCAUCCGGAAAAGCAAACACUUUACCACGCAUAUCAAGUUGCCUACAUUUCCAAUGCCAUAUUGGCUACGGCUUCUAUCCUGUCGUGUUUGGCGUUUAUUCGUUGUUGUAUGGUAGGCAAGCGCCAAAAGUCGGCUUUGAUGUGUCCGUCUGAAUUUAUGAUAAAAAAAAUCGAUCAAGUCAACUUAUUCAGGUUAUUUCUGGCAUUCUUCAUUAUGAUCGUGUUGUUAACAACCUCAAUGAUCUUGACAUCCCUUACGGAAAAGACUUCUGUCAUCAAUUGGGUACCCGAGAGAUUUUAUGGAGUAAUGGUGACUGAACAUGUGUCACAUAACUUCACAAACUCAGCAUGUAAAAUUCGGCUUUCAGCUGGGCCUAACGUUACACGGCUUUGCAAGGUUAUUGCUUCCGAAGACUCUACACAGUUCUUCUUACAUUUUAUCUCCCUAAACAUUUGUCACAUCUUUGCCGCUGUUUGCAUGGUACUCGGU